CCGGGCGCGCGGGUCAUGGGGGGCAGCCUGCGGGUGGCCGUGUUGGGCGCCCCGGGCGUGGGCAAGACGGCCAUCAUCCGCCAGUUCCUGUUCGGUGACUACCCGGAGCGCCACCGGCCCACGGAUGGGCCGCGCCUCUACCGGCCCGCGGUGCUACUCGACGGCGCAGUGUACGACCUGAGCAUUCGCGACGGCGACGGUGCUGGCAGCGGGCCCAGCCCUGGGGGUCUGGAGGAGUGCACAGACCCUAAGGACUGGAGCUUGCAGGACACGGACGCCUUCGUGCUGGUGUACGACAUCUGCAGCCCCGACAGUUUCGACUACGUGAAGGCGCUGCGGCAGCGCAUAGCGGAGAACAGGCCGGCAGGCGCGCCCGAGGCGCCCAUCCUCGUGGUGGGCAACAAGAGGGACCGACAGCGGCUGCGCUUUGGACCUCGGCGCGCCCUGGCCGCCCUGGUGCGCAGGGGCUGGCGCUGCGGCUACCUCGAGUGCUCCGCCAAGUACAAUUGGCACGUGCUUCGCCUGUUCCGAGAGCUGCUCCGCUGCGCUCUGGUGCGCGCGCGCCCUGCACACCCGGCCCUGCGCCUGCAGGGGGCUCUGCAUCCGGCGCGCUGCAGCCUCAUGUGACCCCAUUGGACGCUGCUGCCCAAGGGGGAGGGAGGUUUGUGGAGCUUUUACUGCAAUAAGCCGAGACCCGGAUUGGACAAGAUUGCCCAACUUCUCGGAUUGGACAGGACAGUCUCCUCCCUGAGUGAAUGAGGAAAGCUCCCAGCCAUGGCUACAGGCCUUUGUUGGAACCUCACUGGGCCCAACCAGGCCCUCAGCCCCACUGGACAAGAUCAGUUCUUUCAGGGACCUCACUGGGUCAACACACGUGGCGUGGAAGGGACUUGGCCAGGAAUCUGAUUGGAGGGUCUCAAAUGACUCCCGGAGCUUCGCGGGGCAAACCCCUAAGUCACACCUCCCAGGAGGUAAUAAA